ACUUCACCAGUGGGAGGUCUCUGAGGUUUCUACUCACUGGAGAUAGCAGCUCUCACUUCAGACAUGAUCUCCACUUCUCUGAGACGCUGCCUCCUCCCUGGCAGGAUCAGUCCAGCGCUGCAGACAUGCAGGGUCAGGACCUCCCCGGCCAGAGCCUUACAUGGGGCUGCAGCUGCUGGAACAGCAGAGGGGGACAAGAAAGUGAAGACACUCAAUGAUUUGCCUGGACCUUCCCUGCUCGCCAACCUCUACUGGUUCUUCAUCAGGGGCUACCUGCUCCACACUCAUGAGCUGCAGCUGAUAUACAAGAAGCGCUAUGGAUCAUGGUGGAAGUCAGAGAUCGGCAAGUACCGGAUGGUUAACAUCGCAGAUCCAGUCAUUUUGGAGGUUGUUCUGCGACAGGAGGGGAAAUACCCCCUGAGGAACGAGAUCGACCUCUGGAGGUUACAUCGGGAACUGCGGAAUGUGUCUUAUGGGCCUUUCACAGAGCGUGGAGAGAAGUGGCAUUCCCUCAGGACCGUCUUAAACCAGAAGAUGUUGAAGCCUAAAGAAGCAAAGAGCUAUGCCAGGAGCAUUAACGAGGUCGUCUCAGACUUCAUGGUCAGGCUGCAGGACUUGCGCAAGCAGAGCCCGUCCGGGGAAACCGUCAACGACAUGGCCAACGAGAUGUACAGAUUCGCUUUUGAAGGGGUGUCCUGCAUCGUGUUUGAGACCAGGAUGGGCUGUUUGGAGAAAAAUAUUCCCCCCGAAACACAGAGGUUUAUAGACUCCAUUAACCAAAUGUUCAGGAAUACGGUAUUUGUGACCUUCCUGCCUGAGUGGACACGACGAGUCCUGCCAUACUGGGACCGCUACAUGGAAAACUGGGACAAUGUCUUUGAUUAUGGUAAGAAGCUGGUGGAUAAGAAGAUGAGUGAGAUCCAGGCGCGGCUCGAGAGCGGGGAGGAGGUGCAGGGCGAAUACCUGACCCACCUGUUAUCCAAUGGUAAACUCAGUCUCCCGGAGGUGUACGGCAGCGUGUGCGAGCUGCUGAUGGCCGGCGUGGACACCACAUCAAACACACUCUGCUGGUCUCUCUAUCACUUGGCACGAGAGCCGGAGCUCCAGAAAACCUUGUAUGAAGAGAUCACAAAGGCCGUCCCGAUGGAUUGCAUACCUGAAGCCGAUGAUAUCACCCACAUGCCUUUACUGAGGGCCGUGAUCAAGGAGACCCUGAGACUUUAUCCAGUCAUUCCAACCAAUGCAAGAAUUAUCAGUGAGCACGAGGUGGUAAUCGGAGACUACAAGUUCCCCAAAAAUACCCUCUUCGCAAUAAACCAUUACGCCAUCUCCAGGGAUGAAGCCAAUUUCAAGGACUCAGAAAAGUUUUAUCCACAGCGGUGGCUUCGAGAUGGGGGCAUGACACACCACCCAUUCAGCUCCAUACCCUUCGGCUACGGGCUGCGCGCCUGCGUGGGGAAGCGGAUCGCAGAGCUGGAGAUGCACUUGGCACUGUCUCGGAUUAUUAAGAUGUUCGAGGUUAAACCAGAUGCCAAAAUGGAAAACGUAAAACCGAUGGCACGUAUCGUCCUAUCACCGAGCGAGAAAAUCAACCUGCGGUUUAUAGAGAGGCGAUCCGCCUGAGGUCGGACACUUUAUAACUCUCCUCGGCAGCGGCCACCUCUCAUCAGAUACAGAAUCCUAUCCUGUAUUUCAUGCUGCAGGGGCGGGUAUUCUGCCUGGGGACCUGCUCAGAACAGGGGCCAGCCUCCUCCCGUAAAGCCUGAUUGUCAGGUGCGCUUAUUAAGGCUUCUUUUGGAGAUUUUUCUGGCUUUUGCACAUUUCAUUGUCCUUCCACCUGCAGCAACAUCUAAACCACUUGUCAAGCAGGAACUGCAACCCCCUGAGGGCCCAAGAGGCCAAAUCUGGGGCUCAUAUAGUCCAUAAGUGCCAACGUAGAAGUGGGUUUGCCUUAAAUUUUCUUUGAUUUUCUGGAUAAAUUCAGGUGUUCUUAGACUUUUCUAUUGACUUUGAGAAUAUAUUUUAUUAAAUCCUAGCGAGCAUUAGGAGAUUCACGUCAGAAAUUCAUGAUGAUUAUUCUGUUCAGAUCGGUUUCAAUAAAGUAAAUUGGUCAACUUUUUAUAUAAA